AUGGCAUCAAAGGAUGACAUCGACUUUCCUUCUAAAGAUCCAUACCGUAUGCGUCCACCAGCGGCAGCCAUAGCAACAGGAGACAGACGCGAUGCACCACCACCACCACCAAGUAUAUACACGGAUCAUCAAGAAGACAAUAUAGAAAAAAGAGCCAAUUCAUAUCUACCCUAUUCCAAUCAUGCACCAGAAUUGCGCCCAGUCGAAUUAUACAUUGAUGAAAACGAGCACCCAACAACCACAACAGCACCCCAUCACCCGCAUGUUCGAUUGGAUUUGUAUAAUGCUGAAGGUGCUAGUAAAUCCAUGCUAUCAGCGCCUGCUCUUUCACUUAUCAAAGCACUUGCAACACAUCCAACGCAUCAACAUCACGAUAAUAAUAACAAUAAUGCGAGCACGACAGCACCAAAAUCAGCCUUGGGCAAUCCACCACUUUCAUCGAUUGACCUUGUACAACGACGACGACAACGACGACAACGUUGCACGCGUCGCAUGUAUAUUUUGUGUUGGACGAUUGCACUUGUGCUUGCAGCUGUCGGGAUUAUCAUUUUCUUUUGUUGGCCAAGGACACCUGGUGUUGCCAUGGCAGAUAAGGCACAAUCCAUCUAUUUACCAGCGGAUUGGGGUCCCGACCAUCAACCUUCGUUGAGGGCUACAUGGCAACUCAAUGUGACAUUGGACAAUACACAAAACUGGAUCCCAACGCGUGUGCAUGGCAUUGACUUUACAAUGGUCGACGAUGCUACAGGUGUUACGUUUGCAACAGGACGACAAGAACCUGCAGGGCUGAUCGUAUUACCACCACGCGCUAUGCAUCCAUUACGUGUGGUAUUACAUGUCAGCUACGAACCUCCUUCUAUCAAUGAUACCACCUUUCAAGACUUGUACAAUGCCUGUGGGCCUAAAAAGAUGGGUGCUGCUUCUGAUCUUGACGUUCACUUGCAGGCAUCCUUCCACAUCUGGGGAUUGGCAUGGAAACCAACAGCAGUAGCACAACCUGAAUCCGAUACAUUUGCAUGUCCUACCAACUAA